AUGAUGCAUAGUGUCAUCCACUCCUGGGACCAUGGCGCGUUCAAGAUACCGGAAGUUCGCACGGCAAAAUGGAGCCGCGGUACAGACGGGGCAUUUGUGGUCCUUCAUUUCACCGAGCCAACAAACUGCCCUCCCCUCAAUGGAGAUGUCGACCUGAACAACGCCUUAGUGAUCAAUCGGGGUGAGAUCACAGUGACGGCUGGCCGAGGCGAAUGGAGCGCAAACGGAGAGGUCCUCUCCAUCACUGACUUGGAUCCUGGAAGCUGGAGAGCGAUCACGGCUUCUAUCUCAAGUGGGGAUUUUCAUGUAAAACCAAGAGAGAAGGUUUUGGUUGGUGCAGACAAUGGAGGGGGCAAAACCGGGUCACCGGACGAACUAAGGGGCAGCCUGACCAUGCGAAUGUCUUUUCCUGGACGGUUCGUAGCACAUCUCUUCGUCGGGGAGCAACUGGAUUCCAGUGCUGAGAUCAUUGAAGUUGACUUUUGCCCGGAGCAGGUGGUUGUUGCUUUGAGCAACCCCGGGAGUGGCAGCGUUGAAGACCCGCAGCCGUUCUUCAGCGCAGAUGGGGUCUUGUCGAUGCCAGGAGACAAAUGGCUAAAGGUUCCUUCCAGCCUGUUCCACUAUCAGCGGGAACCUGUUGGAGGUAUUCAAUCGGAACAGAUGACACCUGGAAGGCGUAGCUCAUGGAGUUUCUCCCUUUGGAUUUACCUACUGGACGAUGCUACUGGAAGUUUUCGUGGCCUAUUUUACAAGGGCGAUGGGGGUGCAACAAUGGGGCGUACACCAUCAGCCUGGUUGUGUUCACAUUCCAACCGCAUCGCGCUGAGGGUCACAAGCGACACAAACCCCGACAUUGGUGCGGAUUCUGUAGCAUCCCUCAACGCGGGGACCUGGAACCAUGUGGUGUUUACCUUCGACAACACCACGAGCGGAGAGUUCUCGUCCACCAUCUUCAUCAAUGGAACGCUCGACAUCUCGGUGCAAUUCGACGGAACAACCGUAUUGGGGAACGACGGGCCUCUGCACAUUGGGCGCGAUACGAGCAAUCUCGGUCCCAGGUCUCUAGUUUCCUUGGUGCGGCUGUGGAAGGGGGCGCUUUCUCCAGAUCAGGUCGACGCCGUAUUUCAGGCAUCAAAGCCUCUAUUUCUCCGUGAAGCGUCGACUGCUUUGGCAUCUCGCUAUUCUUCAAUUCACGCCAUUGUUUCCAUGACAUCGAGGAUGCAGACAACUUCGACGUACGCUUCGCUUCUUCUGACUGGGCGAGAGCAGCUCGACGGGGAAAAUGCUGCGAGAUGCGGAAGAGAAACGGAGCUAGAGGCACGAGCGACCGCCGUGGCACAAUGGAAUGAUGGUGGGGCAAGAGUCGUAGUUGAUCAACUCGAGCUGGCAGUGCUAGGCGGAUCUUUCCGGGCGGCAUAUAUGCUCGCGACGACAAUGCUAAGCGGGCUUGGUGGCACUGCCGCACACGAUCGAUCAAUCGCAGCAAACACCACUCGCGAAGAGGACAGCGACAGAGGGAGUCUGAAAAGGUGGAAAGUGCCGACCACUUCAAGGGCUAUCGCCUUACUCCACUUCGCGGCGGUCGGUGGUUACUUCGAAGCACAGUUAGCCCUGGGUUUAAGGUAUCUCCAAGGAAAUGGGGUACAACUCGAUCUGGAGACGGCAGCUUACUACCUUGCAUGUGUAUGCGACAAAGCGCACGCCGAAUACCACCUUGUGGGUAAGCAGCCUAUACUCGAGAUGCAACGCCUGACAGCAGCGAACGAAGCCGUUGUGGAGGUCGGGCAAAAAGGAGAAGACGACGACGCCCUUCAGUACCAGAUUCAUCGAGCGGAGCAGGGCGAUGUUCCCAGCAUUGAAGCUAUGGGUGACCUUUACUACUGGGGGGCGCGGGGGGUCACUCGUGAUCAGAGUCGAGCACUGCAAUACUUUAACCGAGCUUCCGAUGCUGGAAGCAACAACGCACGGUGCGCUGCAGCGGGCAUGUACUUAAAGGGCGAAGGGACCAAAGUAAACCACACGAAGGCGGUGGAACUAUUCGAGCUCGCGGCCGCCGAAGGCUAUGUACGAGCUCUGAACGGACUGGGAUAUGUGUACUUCAACGGGCACGUUCUUCCUCAAAAUUUCACGAAGGCCUUCGGGUAUUUCGAAAGAGCCUCGAACAUGAAGCAGGAAGCUGAUUCUCUCUUCAACACCGCCCACUGCCUCGCUCACGGGAUCGGGACAGACCAAGACCUUGAACGUGCCGCGGAAUUGUUUCGGCUUGGAGCUGGGUGGGGCCACGUCGAUUGCGCGUAUGAGCUAGGGUACAUGUACGCUCAGGGGAUAGGCGUGGAACGUGAUCCUGCGCUUACAGCUAAGUACUUGGCUGUCGUGGCUCAGGCUGGCCCGUGGGGGCGGCGACUCCGACUGGCGUUCGACUGCUAUCUCCAGGGUGAUAUGCUGUCGGCUCUCACUAUGUACUCAGAGGCGGCAGAGCUCGGGUAUGAGGUGGCCGCCAGCAACGCGGCGUUUCUACUGGAUGAGGGAAAGCUCCGCUUGGACGGUGAAUUGUUUCAAGGUGGUCGUUCUGCUCCGGUGUGGUCAGAGACUAUGGCUGUUCGGCUCCACAUCAUGGCCGCCACGAAAGGUUACGCACCAUCGUUUUUGGCGAUCGGAGACGCCUUUUUUUACGGAAGGGCCGGACUUCCGAGGUAGGUAGAAAAACCCUUCGCCAAAAGUAUGAUGAGAGGAAAUACUUGGUAUUCACAAACAAUAUGCCAGCUGACAAGAUGGACUAGAACUCGGGGCGUUGUCUCCUUCAAGGCCUACCUGUGUAUUCCAUGCCAACAACUAUCAGUAGCACCGAGGGAUCCAUGAAACUGGAUUACAGCGAAUAGUCAGAUGGAAAGAGCGUACGCUCCGUGGGCUUAAGUCAAACCACGUAGCAUUGGUUUUCUUCAAGGUGUUUUUGUCUUGGGCGACCCAUGGAAUAUCGCUUUCCAAUACUGCCCGAAUGGUACGGAACGACUGCCCUGCAAACACAAGUUACAGUUGGUCACCCCUGCGCUUUGUCCUGCUACCGUAUUGCACAGGGAGCUAACCCUAGCGUGCUGGUGGUAUUUCAGGGCCAGUUCUUCAGGCUUGUUUCGCGGAACCUACAAUCUUGGUGAGUUUUCGUUUACUCGUGUCGCCACGGGCAAACACCCGUACGUACGCAAAGUAGGACUCCCAUCGUGCACACGCGAGGUGAGACUGGCUCCUUCUCGAUCCCAAAUACUGCGGUUCAAGGACUAGGUCUCAAGGACUCGCUAACAGCCCAUUUAAAUGUGUGCCCUCCGCCUGCUCAGGAUACUUGUACGAACACGGCCUAGGCGUUCCCCUGGAUUACGCCAAGGCUUUGACGUUCUACGACCAAGCUCGGAGUGUACCUGCUGCAAUGGCUGACGUUGACCAGGGUCUAACCGGGAUGCCGAUUCAGCUAUUGAUUUCUCUAGCGAAGAUCAGAUUGUACUUGAACCGUGCUUCCGGAGGUCGGUUGGCAAGCCUCUGGCAGCGUCGGGAGAACGAGGAAUGCCACAACAGCACGCAAGAUUGGCUGCCGGAAUGGUUCGUGCUUGCAAAGCUUUCGGACAAAUUCGAGUCUUUCACUCGUUGGCGCACUAUGUGGCAAGGUCCGAAAGUGUUCAACCACGUCGAGAUCAACACACCGUAUGCUGGCCGACCUCUUCGUAUAAGCUCCAUCGGGCUGGCAGCCGAAGACGUUCUGUUGCUCAUCUCGUCCACCUUGCUGCUUGUUGUGUUGUUUUUACGUUGGCGUAGGCGGCGUGCGAGAAGGCUCUGAUGAUCACCCCCCAAGUACCCACAUGAAUUGCCUGAUGGUGGUAAGACCGUACCACCUGUUCAGACCUCCUGGCGUGUACAUGUAGCCUAUGUUCGUUGAUACCGGACGAACAGAGUUCGUGUUUUUUCAAGCCGAAGAGCGAAGCAAACGCAAUCACGAUGACAAGCGUGACAACAUGUGCAACCAUUUCAUGGACCCAUCCCGAUCUGCACGGGCCAUGUUGUGUCUGAUGCAGCUG